AUGCCCAACCCAACAGUUAUAGUCGUCGGCGCGGGCCCCGUCGGCCUCUUUACAGCCUUGAUCCUUGCCCAGAAUGGAAUCAAGGUCACAGUGCUUGAGGCAGAUGAAGGAAUUUCCCGUAGUCCACGAGCUGCAGUACAGCUCCCUUGCGUUAAUCUCGAAUUCGUCAAGGCUGGAGUCAUCGAGGAGGUUCUCGAAUAUGGCUGUAGGAGCGAUCAUGGAUACUGUUGGCGAGACGGAUACGAUACAACAAAAGUCCUCGCAGACUUCACGCCUCCACCAUCCGAAAACCCCAAUCUCUGCGCAGCCAUGAUAGGGCAAGACGUCUUGUCGCAGAUCUUCCUUAAACAUUUGAUCAAUACCGGAAAUGCGGAGAUCAUCUUCAACCAUGCUUUCACUCGUGUUGAGGACCAUGGCGAUUCAGUUACUGUCUACGCUCGGCGUGUACUUGAUGAUCAAGAGCUCAGCUUUAACUGUCGGUACGUCGUCGGAGCUGAUGGUGGCAAGAGUUCGGUUAGGAAAUGUAUAGUCAAUAUCCUCUACGACCUUGAAAAGUUAGGCUGGAAGCAUGGUAACUUUAUUGUACAUCCUGAGGAUUGGGCAAUCGUUGUGAAACGUGGACCAAAGAAUCUGUGGAGGGUUGCAACUAGCGUUCCAUUCGCUCAGGGUGCUGAUGGAGAGCCUAUUACUGACAAGGCUGUCUUCCCCGUCAUCAAAGACAGACUUUCUAGAAUCUUGCCGGGUAACACUGAUGAGAUCAUCUACCUCCAAACAGCCCCGUACACGAUUCAUCAGCGCUGUGUAUCGAAAUAUCGCGUUGGUAAUAUCAUUCUCGCUGGCGAUGCUGCCCACCUUAACAAUCCUGUCGGUGGACUUGGACUGACUACCGGUUUACUCGAUGCCGCUCAUCUGGGCAAAGCUUUAGUCCAGAUCAUCAACGACAAUGCCCCAGAAACAGAACUCGAUGAUUAUGCAACGGCUAGGCGCGACGUCUACAAGAAUAUCACAGAUCCAUUAUCGACUGCGAAUCUGUUAAGAGUGAAGUCGACUGCUCCUGAGGACGUUGCAGCGAGGGAGGCGUUUUUCACGAUGUUGAAUGAUCCGAACCAGAAAGCCCAGCUGUUUGCUCAUAUGGGAAAGGAGAUGGGGUUGUCGACUACCUUGGACAUGAAGGAUUUGGGGCCAAGACCACAGCUGUGA